UGCGAUAGAAAGGAACAAGCCAACAUGGCUGGUGGCAAUGGGCCAUGCGUGAUACAAGUCACAAAUAUAGCACCACAAGCAACAAAGGAUCAGAUGCAGGCGCUGUUUGGAAACAUUGGGAAAAUCGAGGAAAUCCGUCUCUAUCCAACUGUGCGCGAUGUCUCAUGCCCUGUGCAAUCACGCAUAUGCUAUGUGAAAUAUUUCGAGAGUAGCUGUGUUGCGGUGGCACAACAUUUGACGAACACGGUUUUUAUUGACCGUGCUCUGAUCGUCAUACCAGUAUUGGCUAUUCCGGAGGAAUAUAGGGCACUGGAAAUGUCAAAGAAUGGGACUAUAGUUCCAGGUCUGCAAAAGCCCGAUUCCAAGCUUCCUCCAGAAGUAGUGAACCGAAUUGAGGGGCAGUCGCCUCAGCAGGUUAUAAAAACAUACGAUCCCAAACUGGUGGAGAAUAACUUGCCGGAAUAUCCCGCUCUGCCAUCAUUUUAUGAUUCGCGCAAAAUUGAAGAAAUAAGACGUACCAUUUUGGUUUGUGAUGUUAAAAACGAGUGGCGUUUAGAUGACCUCAUGGAUUAUUUCCAACGAGCAGGGGAGGUUAAAUAUGCUCGCUGGGCUGAAAAGGACAACAAGACCUACUGCAUGAUAGAAUUCUGCGAUCAACCUAGCAUCAUCAACGCUUUGAAGAUGCACGGCCACGAAUUUAAGGGUGGGUAUCUUAGUGUGUAUCACUCGACAGACGCUAUUGUAAAACCAGAAGCCAAGUCGAAUGAAGCAGCUCAGAAGGAGAUAGAAGAAGCUAUGACAAUUGUGAAAGAAGCGCAAAACAUGAUAUCAGCUGCAAUAGAUCCUGUAAUCGGUAUGUUGGCAAAGGACAAAAGACGUAGGUCCCGCUCCCGGUCACGAUCCAGGGAUCGCCGUACAAGCCGCUCGCGUUCACAUCGCUCACGAUCACGAAAACGCUCGCGUUCUCGUACGCGAAGGCGUUCACGAAGUAAAUCUAAACGACGAUCACGUUCACGUUCAAGACGGUCCCGUUCCCGUAAGCGAUCACGAUCUCAUAAGCGUUCCCGUUCUAGGCGCAAGAGCCGUUCGCGUUCUAGAUCGAAACGACGAUCAAGAUCUCGCGAUCGUCGUAGCAAAAGAUCACGUUCUCGCCAUCGUCGUAGUUCGUCACGUUCACGACGUUCACGUUCGCGCACAAAACGUUCACGUUCUCGUGACCGUAAACGAUCCCAUCGCACACGCGAAGAGAAACGGACAUCGCGGUCUUCCCGAUCCCACAGUAAACGUUGCUCUAUUUCACCAUCACCAGCUUCAGUGCGCUCUCGUUCUAGCCGCAGCAAAGAUAUUGGGCCUCCUACCUCCAAAGCAUCUCAUAAUAAUAAUUCGUCGAAACGUCGCUCACGCACUCCUGCUGAUCGCAAGUUGAAAACUAUUAUCGAAGACGAUGUGAAGAGCACAAGAUCAAGUGUUGACUCAAAGAUUCGCAAAUCAGACAGCGUCGAAAAAUCGGACAACAUGGACAUUUCCAAUUCACCAUGAA